AACAACUUAAGCAAGUAUUCUCAAAAUUUGAGCUACUUCAUUGUGAAAUUCACAUCAUGGUCCAUGAUAUAAGAUUGAAUUCAUAAUGCGGAAUCAUGCGUGAAUUGCUAUAUAGUAACAUAUGCAAGUGUAAAUAGUCAAACGUUUAACAGAAAGACGUGUAAAUGUCAUUGCUGUUACAGACGUUUGAUACUAUAUGUACAUUUACGUCUUUUUAUUUACGGAUUUAUUAAGGAUAUAACAUAACAUAUUAAUCCAGUAAUAGCAGACGUUAUAUCACAGUGAAAUACCAUUAUGCCUAGAGAUUCUCGACCAACCCGCCGUCCAACAAGGGCACGCCGUGAGGAAAAACGACCAGAUCUUCCUCAACGUCCUCGAGAUUCUGGUCCUGUCCCAGAUGCCAAACUGAAACCACCGCACACAAAACCAACGCGGACUCGAGAUGUGGCUGCUGCUGCGAGGAAAAGUAGGCCAUCGUCCAAAGAUGCCUACAGAAAACAGAUGCCAAUGCUGUCGGCCAUUGCAGCGAGGAGACUAAAAGGUCAACAAAGUAAGCCCAAACGCCAGUUAGGGACGCGAACUGCCUCAGCACGUAAACACAGACGAGAUGCUGUCGCCAAACAUAUGGAGGAUGAACACAAUAAAGCUCAGAGAUACGUCGUCAAGGCAAAGAAAAGGAAGCGCUACAGAUUGAUCAUGCGUGUUCUAGCCGGACUAACUAUUGCAAGUGUCAUUGCAACUCUUACUAUUACCAUAUAUGCUGGAGUAAAGCACGCCAUGGAUUCGGCAUUAGAGGCAAAGUAUGACAAGUCUGCAUCAGGGGGAUACGAAGAAGUAGAUUAUGAAUAUGAUUACGAUUACGAAGAUAGCUACACGCCGCCCGUGUUUGAUGUUGACACUGACCCCCCUACAGAGCCACCCACCACCACCACUACAACUACGACUACCACAACCCCUAUACCAACAUCUACAGCAUCUACAACCACCACUGAUGAUCCAAAGUUCAACUUCGAUGACUUCUGUGAAGACAAACCACGUUUAACAAAAUAUAAAUACAAGUCAGAUUGCGACUAUUACAUCUAUUGUGUGUUCAACUUUGGCAACCUGGUCCCAUGUCCACCAGGACUCACGUACAAUGAUGAAACGAAGGAAUGCGAUGAAAACGAGUGUGAGGAGGGGGAAGAAGGCGAAGAGCGGAAAAAACGAUCAGGAUGGCUUGAAAGAUUAGCAUUUGGGCAAGAUCGAUGGCACGAAUUGUGGAAGAUGUUUGGAACAUAAGCAGAUGCUAGAAAACAAUGCUACAAUACUGUAAAUAAAUAUUACGAUGGUCUGGCAUAUCAUCAUAUCAUAUCACAUAUAAAGAAUAAACACACAUACAAGAUGAUAGAUGACGUAACACUGGCUGUCCAGGUGGAAAGUGAAACUAUUUUUCAAAGAAUGACAUUUAUGACCAAUAAUGCACGUAUACCUACAUGCAAUUUGUAUAUAAAACACAAGAGCUCAUAGUCUUUGCAUGUAAAUGGUUGUAUACGAGCUAGAUCUACUGAAUACAGACGAUGCCAUUCAUCAUUUAAUGCCAUGAAAAACAAGAUCGCAUGUAUAAUUGUACAAUAGGGGGAUACACUACUUUUGAGACAAAACGACUUGUUUCACCCCAAUGGCAUAUUGGAUAAUAAAUAGUCUCGAGAUUAGUUCAGUAUACUUCUACCGUAAUUGUAAUGGUAAAUGGAUACAUUAUAUUGUAGAAAAGAAAUGAAUAAAUACAUACAUGAUUAUUCAUAUUAUAAAUCAG